AGUUGAUAACGAAUAGUCGCGCAGUUAAGACGUUCUAACCAACCAAAGAGGUUGGUAAAAUACAAAAACAAAUUUGAAAAGUGAAACUGUUAGAAAAGCGUCAAUAAUGCUGGAUAAUGAACGUGAUAAUGGAUUAGCAAUUUAAAAAAAUUUAAAUAGUAAAAAUAUUUCAAAAAAAGAUGUGAGAUUGAAGAAUCUAGUAAAAAAUUAACAAAAAAUAAUAUUGCAAUUAAAAAAAUUAUGGAAACUGUUUGAAAAACUACAAAUAGUUUGAGUGUAAAUUAAUAAUUAAAAAAAAAAAUUUAAAUAACAUUAUUAAUUUCCACAAAAUUAAAAUGAAAAAUAAAAUUUUAAAAAUCUAAUAAAAUUGUUAAUAUAAAAAUAAUAAAAAACAAAAAAUCGCGGUCGCACUGCUUCGUCGCACACUUUCAUGAGAAGACGCUCGGUGUAAUUACUUUUCUACAACGCGUGUUUGUGCUUUGACGCCACCCACUGCAAUUGGAUUAUUGGAUAAUGGCGUUACAAGCAAACAUAAAUAUCUAAUUCUACCGAUAAAAGUUGGAAUUAUUGACUGAAAAAAUAAAAAUAUACAAAAUAUUUUAAAGACUUCUGCGUAACAACCUGACUUAUAGCAUCAUGGAUGAAUUUCCCGUCAUACAAAUACCUGAUGAUGAAGUACUCGAGGAGGAGGAAUUCGAACGUCUAUACUCCGCUCCAAUUGAAAUUGUCAUAAUACUCUCGAUAUUUUACGGCGGCAUCAGUAUUUUAGCAAUCAUUGGCAACUCUUUAGUCAUUUGGGUUGUUAUAACGGCCCGACAAAUGCGUACCGUCACCAAUACAUACAUAGCAAAUUUGGCUGUUGCCGAUGUCAUCAUUGGACUCUUCUGUAUACCGUUUCAGUUUCAAGCAGCUCUUUUACAGCGUUGGAAUUUACCUUGGUUUAUGUGUGCCUUUUGUCCUUUCGUGCAAACGUUAAGCGUAAAUGUUUCCGUGUUUACAUUGACCGCCAUUGCGAUUGAUCGACAUCGUGCUAUCAUUAAUCCUUUAAGAGCACGUCCUUCGAAAUAUAUUUCGAAAUUUAUUCUGCUUGGCAUUUGGUUAUCAGCAUUCAUAUUCGCAAGCCCAAUCGCUGUCGCAUUUCGUGUGGAAGUGAUGCAAGAACGUUAUAGAGAGGAUGGUGUCAUCUAUAAUGUGACACGACCCUUCUGCACGAACGUCAAUCUUUCGGAUGAACAACUGAAGGCUUACCGUUAUGCGCUCGUAGUCGUACAAUACUGCGUGCCCUGCUGUGUCAUCUCGUUCGUCUACGUACAAAUGGCUGUUAAACUGUGGCUCACCGAAACGCCGGGCAACGCUGAGGAUGCAAGAGAUAUGGCGUUAAUGCGAAAUAAGAAGAAAGUCAUAAAAAUGCUCAUUGUUGUUGUGAUUGUGUUCGGUAUCUGCUGGCUACCUUUGCAGUUAUAUAAUGUGCUGUAUGUGACUAUACCGGAAAUUAAUGAAUACCAUUUUAUCAGCAUAAUAUGGUUUUGUUGCGAUUGGCUGGCGAUGAGUAAUAGCUGCUACAAUCCUUUCAUUUAUGGAAUUUACAAUGAAAAAUUCAAACGUGAAUUCAAUAAACGUUUCAAUUUAUGCUUUUGCAAAAUUCGCACCAACAACGAUGCCCAUGAGCGCACAUUGUCCAUGCAUACGAGAGCCACCUCACUGCGCUCGAACUUUGCCAAUUCGUCAAUGCGUAUACGCAACAAUUUAUAUGCCGAAGCGACGGCCGGACAAAACAGAUCAGAUAUUUACUAUACAUGCCACUAUGCCAAUAUGCGAUCGGGCCGGAAUGGCAAGAAUGUGGCUACCUACAAUAUUAUUGCUUUGCCUCGUAAAACAAUGCAAACAAAUGAAUGUAGCAAAACUAAUACCGAGUUGCAUAACGCCGUUAUUGCUGCAGGCAAUGGUCAAAGUGUGCCGCAAUGGCGCCGCAACAAUUUCAAGCCACUGUAUCCGGAUGUAAUGGAAUGUGAAGAUGACUUGGACACGCUGAUGCACUCCACACCCACAUCAGAGGAGCCGAAUUCCAGUUCGGCGGGCAGUAAUAAGGUGAAUGUGAGUGCCGGACCGGGCUUCAUAUUCAAAACCACAGGGAAAAGAUAGCUGGGAGAUUUGCCGUGCUAACAGAGUUACGAAGAAACCAUAUUCACUUGUACAGUGGAAAUGGACUCAAGUAACAAUUAAGCGUACGGCAUGUACCUUUGGACAACGUCAAGUUGGGGUCUUCGGCCCAUUUGACCUAAGCCGCUUUUGGAACUAUGUGUUUUGAGCUCACUGGGCUAUUAUUGCUGUAAAUUUGCCGGUUUUGACAAUAAUCACCCAGUAUCGAAAUGAGUCGGGUAUGCGGCCGCUAGUGUUGACUCGUGCAAGCAAUGUAAAUACCAAUUACGCUUAAAUGUGAACUAAGAAUCACCCAAACAAAGUCUGAUACGUUGAAGUCGUAUCGCUUGCCAUGUUACUUACGAAUCCGCCGAGGCUUUUAAGCAACGAUAUGAAAUUUAGCAGUAUUCAUAAGCAAUUACUAAUGAUUCAUCACGUGCUAUACUAUAACAUAAUAGUUGAAUUACAAAUUUAUAUGCAUGACAUAUUAGUACAUAUCUAUAUGUGGUUCUAUGUGUGUUUUCAAAUCGAAUUUGCUAUUUCAAAAAUGACAAAUUGAAAUUUGAAGUUAAAAUAAUUUUCAAGUGUGAUAAUACCA